AUUUUAGUUAGUUGUCCACUUGCGAGGAGAACACAUGGCUUACAAAAUCGCAUUUCUGGCCUUCCAGCUGUUCACUCUCACAACAACCCAGAAGCUGAGCAGGAAGAAGAUCUCUGGCAAUGUGAAGGAUGAUAUCCUGAACUCUGAUAUCAGUGUUUCCCAAGCAUUUGAAAUGUACAUGGAGGCGUACACUGAUCCAGAGGUCAAGCUGAUGUUAACAUCUACUGGUCCUAACUCUCAUAAGAGACAGAGAAAUGUGUUUUCAAGGAACCUUAACAAAUGCAAAUCUCACAACGAGAAGUUUAAGAAAGGAGAGACUUCCUACCAGUGUACAGUAAAUUCCUUCAUUGUUAUGGACACCUUCACAAGGAAACAAUAUUUGGGAUUGAGUCAGAACAUGAGUCUGCUAGAGAACGGAAAGUAUACCAGACCAGCUGCUCUGCAGUCUUCUGGGCCACUGCAGGCUCUACCAAAUACCUUCGACUGGAACAAGAAAGGGUACGUUACACCAGUUAAGAACCAGGGAGGAUGUGGAAGUUGUUGGAGUUACGGUGCUAUUGGACCGAUAGAGUACGCCUACAAGGCAGCUACAGGAAAACUUCUCUCGUUUUCCGAACAAGAACUCCUCGACUGUACCUAUGAGCAUCUUGGAAGUGAUGAGGACGGCUGUGAAGGUUCCUGGUAUACCUCAGCAUGGGACUUUGUCAUAGAAAAGAAUCAUCUUCCAUCGGAAGCUAACUACCCUUACAAGGAAAAGGAUGGGAAGUGUUUCCAUAAUUCUCAUUCUAACGAUAUUGCUGGAAAAAUUCAAGUUACAGGUUACACCCAGUCCGCUAAGACAGAAACUGCAGUUUUGACUGAUCUGGUGAACAAGAUGCCGCUAGCUGUUGCCUUCACGGUUGAGGAUAAUUUCUACAGUGUUGGAGAAGGUAUCUACGACGGAUGUAAGGAUCCUACUUAUCCUAAUCAUGCUGUCAUCUUGACAGGAUAUGGUUCGAACUUCUUCGAGAUUAAAAACAGUUGGGGUGCAGAUUGGGGAAUGAACGGGUUCGCCAGAUUCGAAAGAGGGAGGGAUAUUUGUGGAAUUCUCUCAUAUGCCUACUACAUCGAGUAUAACGAUUUGUACGAAAACGAUGGUGGAAACGGAGGUGACGAUCAAGAGGACGAAGGAGAAAACGAAGAUGAAGAGGAAGAGCAAGCAGAGGUUAAAGAAUGUAAAGAACUCAGCGAUGAAUUAGGUUUGAACUACCGAGGCACUAAGAGCACAACUGUGUCAGGUCUGCCCUGCCAAAACUGGGAGUCCCAGAGCCCUAACUAUCACUCCCGAACCCCAGAAAAUUACCCAGAUACCGGUUUAGAGAGCAACAACUAUUGCCGGAAUCCAGACCACGAAGGAGCAGGUCCGUGGUGCUACAAUUCCCAGUCCACAGAGCCUAGGUGGGAAUACUGCGAUGUUCCGGUUUGUGGAGAAGAGGAAGAGGAGGAAAGUGGAACUGAGGGUGGAACUGAUUUGACAAGUACAACAGAAAUGCCAACAGAAAGUGACGAUGAUUGUCUACCAGAUGAUGAUCUCAUAGGAGUAAAUUACAGAGGUUUUAUCAGUAUGAGUGAGUCUGGUUUAAAGUGCCAAAGCUGGAACAGGCAGCGUCCAAACAAGCACUCCUUCAAACCCAGGAGGCACCAAGACAAAGGACUGGAGGAGAACUAUUGUCGGAAUCCAGAUGAGGAGUCGGAGAGACCUUGGUGCUACAAUAGUCACGGUGUGAACCCACGAUGGGAGUACUGCACUAUUCCUAAAUGUGAAAAGAAGGGGCAGGAUAGUUCUUGUACUGAUGAUCAUGAGUAUUGUACUAACUGGGCAUACGAAAAUUAUUGUUCCAACUCCGAAUACGAGGAGUUUAUGGUGUCCACCUGCAGAAAAUCCUGUAAAGUGUGCAGAGAAGGAGGGGAAGCAGAGGAAGCAGAAGAGGCAACAGAGAAAACCUGUGUUGACGAAGAGGGUGACUGUCCAACAUGGGCUGAGAGUGGAUACUGUCAAGCUAGCAGUAUUUACAGUGACUACAUGGAGUUGAACUGUGAGAAGAGCUGUGCAAAGUGCGGAGAAGAAGAAGGAGGAGAUAAUGAGAAGUGUGGUGGAGGAUUGACUCGGUGUUCUGACGGAUCUUGUAAACAUAUUCAUAUGUGUUGAAUAAACUCAGUGAUGACAAUGUUCCAUCGUUCUGAUGAAAGUUAAUCGAUACAUCACGCCCAAUAAGACUCAUAUUAUACAUAAACUAGAUAACCAGAUUUCGAACUUUUAUGAUAUAAUGCAGCAUUAUUUUUGUACUCAUCUGUUAAUUUCCUAAAAUAUAUGAUUUGUUUUUGGAUUAUUAAACAAGUUUGUUUUUAUUGAACAAUAAUUUAAAUUAAUAUAAGUUAUUGUAAGUUGAUCACCAUAAAGUGGAACUGUCCAUCAAACAGUGCGGACAGCUACAUAACUAGUGGAAAAGGUGGGUACUGCUGUUUCUAUGGCCUGUUCGGACUUUCAUUCUUGGCCUAGGUCAUAUGGGACAAGCGACCACUGCAAAACAGAAAGACCACUGCUCGAGAAGGCGAAGGUUAUCAGGCUUCAGCGUUGCUCGGUCCAAAUGGAAUGGAAAUCAGAGCACAACGAGGAUUCCUUUCGUUCUGCUUCAUUUCUGCGGCAGAAAGAAGAGAGAUUGAUCCGGUUAGGUAUAAUCAUAGCUUUCCCACAAAAUCAACCACGGGGUAUAGCAAGCGCUAAAAAGAAAGAUAUAGUUCAAAAACUUUGUAGACUUAUGAGCCCCCGCAGUAUAGUAUUUUGGGUUGAUCUUCCCAGCUCUGUCCAUGUAUUUGAUUAAUAUUUAUUAAUGUGUAUUUUCAUUUACCAUUUACCAUUUAUUUAUGUACAGGAUUAUUUACAAUUAUGUUAUAUUCUUAUACGCUUGUUUUUCUUUGCCUUGCGUUACGAUAUCAAUUAUCAUUAACUAGAAACCCGCUAGUCGAAAGCUUUGUUCGAGGAAAUUUAAAAAAUCAGUUAUGUUUUAAUUUUUAUUCAUCAUCUACGUAGCUCUGUUAUACUGUAGAAAUUAUGGAUUUUGUCGUCAAGUUUUAAAUAUAAAUAGAUAUAUUCUCGAUAGUAUUGCCUGAAUAAAUAGUAUCUGGAUAGAAGAUUUGUAAGAUUUGUUAGGAUACAAUACUUGAGUAGGAUCAAUGUGCCUCGUAACGUGUAAAGCUGUAGGUACUUCGCACGACAAUAGCUGGAUAACGCAACAUUGUUCACACACGUUUCGUGUACCUUCUUAGCUUAUCAAUUUCAGUGAAUGGGAUAUUGACUUUGAGUAGGGAAUGUUAGGACAUGAUUGGAUCUUGUGAUGUAAAGUAAGAAUAGCUAAUCGCAUGUAAUACUCAACAAGCUAGUAUGUUUUUACUACAAGCUUACAGGAAAAAUGUUUCAUCCUUUUAUUUUGUGCUCGAUACUCGGCCUGGGUCAGCUGCCUUAUAAGCUUAUAGAGCGAAACAUAUCUAUUCAUUUCUAUAGCUCAUCUUAUAUACCUCAUAUUCACACUGUUAUCAAUCUACUUUUUUGUUCGUAUUGAUUCGUGAUAAAAGAGACAGUUUCAAUAUUCCGUAUUAUUACAACCUGUUCC